AUGAUCGUAUCAGCAGAGUCAAUAGAGAGAGAUCUUAGUCGCAACUAUCUGAAUGGGACCAUUCCCGACAGUUGGGCUCGGAUCCCUCUAGUCACCAUAAGCCUUCUUGGAAACCGCAUUAGUGGAUCAAUUCCAGAGGCACUUGGUAAUAUUGAAACGCUUGAAGAGCUGGUCUUGGAAGAUAAUCAGCUUGGAGGAACCCUUCCUCCACAGAUUGGUAAUUUAAGCCGGUUGAGGAGACUCCUUCUUUCUGCAAACAAUAUCACUGGUCCAUUACCAGAAACAUUUGGGAAUCUGAAGAACAUGACAGAUUUUAGGAUAGAUGGAAACAGUAUAUCUGGGAGGAUACCGGAUUUCAUUGGAAACUGGACCAAACUUAGUAGGCUUGAUAUGCAGGGAACAUCCUUGGAGGGCCCUAUUCCUUCUACAGUAUCCCUUUUGAAAAGCCUAACUCAACUGAGGGUUACUGACUUGAAGGGAUCAAAUAUGAGUUUUCCUAUUCUCAAAGACAUGAAACUUAUGAGUGAAUUGAUACUUAGAAAUUGCAUGAUUACUGGUCAAAUUCCUGAUUUCAUUGGAGAAGUGAUGACAGCUAUAAAGAGAAUAGACCUCACCUUCAACAGAUUGACUGGUCAAAUUCCAGAGAACCUUCGGCAUUUGCCAAAACUAGAAUACCUGUAUCUCACUAAUAACGCAUUAACUGGAUUGGUACCAGCUUGGAUCAUGGAGAAUAAACAUAAUAUUGAUGUAUCUUACAACAAUUUUACAGGAUAUUCUACAACACCUAGCUGCGAGCAACCAGAUAUCAAAACAAUUGCCAGUUAUUCAUCUUCAGAAGAAAACCAAUUCAGUUGGUGCCUAAAUAAGGACCUCCCCUGCUCUAGCAAACCGAAAUAUCAUUCCUUGUUUAUUAAUUGUGGUGGACCAAAGGUGGAAUUUAAUGGGGAACCUUAUGAAGAUGACUUACUAACAAUGGGCCCAUCAGACUUCCACCACUCAAGUGACAGAUGGGCUUGCAGCACCACAGGAGACUACUUAAACAAUGACAAAGCUGAUUACCUUACCACAAACAAUGUGCUGAACAUGACUGAUGCAGAUAUAUAUAGGACAGCACGCCUUGCUCCUUUGUCACUUAGGUACUAUGGCCUCUGCUUACGUAAGGGAAGUUAUACAGUGAAGCUCCACUUUGCCGAAACCAUGUACACAAAUGACCAGACAUUUAGCAGCCUUGGGGAACGCAUAUUUGAUGUAUCAAUCCAAGGUCAAGUACGGUUGAAGGAUUUCAAUAUUGCUAAAGAAGCUAAUGGUGUUGGUAAAGGAAUCAUUAGGGAAUUUAAUGAUGUCAUUGUUAAUGGUAGCACUCUAGAGAUUCACUUAUACUGGUCAGGGAAAGGGACUACUGCCAUUCCAGAGCGAGGUGUAUAUGGGCCCCUUAUAUCAGCUAUUACAGUGACACCAAACUUCAACCCUGAUACUGGGCUAUCUGUUGGAGCUAUUGUUGGUAUAGCACUUGCUGCAUGCACAUUUAUCAUAUUGAUUUUGAUAUUCCUUUGGGUAAAAGAUUAUUUGGGAGGAAAGGAUCCCGAGGACAAAGAACUUAGAAGAUUAGAGACAGGUUACUUCAGUUUAAAGCAAAUUAAAGCUGCAACAGGGAACUUUGAUGCAGCAAACAAGAUAGGUGAAGGUGGAUUUGGACCAGUUUACAAGGGUAUAUUGUCAGAUGGUUCUGUAAUUGCCGUCAAGCAGCUCUCCUCCAAGUCAAAACAAGGGAACCGUGAGUUUGUAAAUGAGAUAGGCAUGAUAUCUGCUUUGCAACACCCAAAUCUGGUGAAACUUUAUGGGUGUUGUAUUGAAGGAAACCAGCUAUUACUGAUAUAUGAAUACAUGGAAAAUAAUAGCCUUGCACGUGCUCUAUUUGGUCGUGAGGAACAUCGUUUGAAGCUAGACUGGCCAACAAGACGUAAAAUUUGCUUGGGAAUAGCAAGGGGUUUAGCUUAUCUACAUGAAGAGUCAAGGCUGAAGAUUGUCCAUAGAGACAUAAAGGCAACCAAUGUGCUUCUUGAUAAGGAUCUGAAUGCUAAGAUAUCUGACUUCGGUUUAGCUAAACUCGAUGAAGAGGAGAACACCCAUAUCAGCACCCGAAUAGCUGGGACUAUAGGAUAUAUGGCUCCAGAAUAUGCUAUGAGGGGUUAUUUGACUGACAAAGCAGACGUUUACAGCUUUGGAGUUGUGUUGUUAGAGAUAGUCAGCGGAAAGAGCAACACAAGUUAUAGGCCAAAGGAGGAUUUCGUUUAUCUUCUUGAUUGGACAUAUGUGUUAGAAGAGCAGGGGAAUCUCUUGGAGCUUGUUGAUCCCAUCCUUGAAUCAAACUAUUCUAAAGAAGAGGCAUUAAGAAUGCUCAAUUUGGCUCUCUUAUGCACCAAUCCAUCUCCUACCCUCAGGCCAGCCAUGUCUGCCGUAGUAAGCAUGAUAGAAGGUAAAAUUGCCAUCCAAGCUCCACUCGUCAAGCGGCGCUCAGCAGAUGAAGAGUUGAGAUUUAAGGCCUUUGAGAAGCUCUCCCAUGACAGCCAAUCAUACAUCUCAAUCACAUCUCAUGAAGGUCAGAUGCAGAAGAGCAUGUCGAUGGAGGGACCAUGGAUUGAUUCCUCUCUGUCUUCCCAGGGCAAAUAAGAGAACAGACUUCUGCGUGAUGCCACUGAAACUAAUUCAAACAAAAAGUAUGUGUCUGUGAUAGAGAGAGAGAGAGAGCUUGUUCAUAACCUUUUUUUUUUUCUUUUCGAAGUUUAAUUGUUCACAACUUUCAUUUAU